GGGAUUUUCUUUGACUUUUCUACAUUUCCGUCCAACACAGAAUAAGUUCUUGAAAUGGCAGGGAAUGCUAAAAAGUUUUACGAGCUGACAGCUAAGCUUCUGUCUGGAGAAACGUUUAGUUUCUCUGCACUGAAGGGGAAAGUUGUCCUCAUUGAGAAUGUGGCGUCCCUGUGAGGAACAACAGUCAGGGACUACACUCAGAUGAACGAGCUUCACUCUCGCUUCUCCGCAGAGGGACUCGUUAUCCUGGGCGUGCCCUGCAAUCAGUUUGGACAUCAGGAAAAUGGUAAGAACGAAGAAAUCCUGAGUUGUCUGAAGUAUGUCCGUCCAGGGAAUGGCUUUACACCAAACUUCCAGCUCCUCGAGAAGGUGGAUGUGAAUGGAAAGGAUGCCCACCCCUUGUUUGUCUAUCUGAAGGAAAAACUCCCGUCCCCUUCCGAUGAUGCCGUGGCUCUCAUGACUGAUCCAAAGUUCAUCAUCUGGAGUCCAGUGUGCAGGAAUGACAUAUCCUGGAACUUUGAGAAGUUCCUAAUCUCUGCUGAUGGGGAGCCUUACAAACGCUACAGCAGAAAUUUCCUCACCACUGAUAUUGAGGCAGAUAUUAAAGAGCUUCUGAAGAGGAUCAAGUAAAAUGUGCAACAACACGUUAUGGCUGGCCAAAAAAGAUAUCUGAUGUGGCCAGAGAGAAUUAUCAGUGGACACACAUUAUAUCAGUAUAUUAGUAUUAUAUCAUGCUGUCCUAGCUCAUUGUCAAUGUCAAUUUCAGCGUUCGAAAUGUUGUGAUAUUUCUGGUACCAUACGCUAUGGUUUUUCAGUUAAUUUACUUAAUGAUGACACUCUUAUAAACCUCUUUUGUGUAGGGAGUUUCUGAUGAAAAUGUAAAUGUUUGACUCGACCAUUGUGUAUACCACAAAUAUCUUAAUUCUCCAGGCAUAAACAUGAGAAAUAAAUUCUAUCUCGUA